UCAAGUCAAUCGCGAUAUGUCCAAUGGAUUCAGGGCGAGGCUUGGCUCCAUAUCAACCAUCCAAUCAGCAAGAUCUUUAUUCCCUACAACAACAGUCGAACCAACAACAGCAGUAACAUUCACCAAUGUCGAACCAAACUUGAUAGGAACUGAACUGACAUAUACCCCCAGUGUGACUGAUCUGGAAGGAUUCCUUGCCAAUUCGGGGUUGCUCACUGAUGAUGAGGUUUCUGAUUACUUUCAACAACCAGACGAGGAUUUGCUGGAAAUGCUAACUGACUUAAUACGACACACUCCGGAAGAACCCACCUCGGCCAAACAGUCAUUUCUUGAUGUGAAUAUAUUCCCUAAUCCCUAUGACUUGGAUGAAGAGGAGUUUUACAAGCGGCAUAUUGAGAUAUCAAAGGAAGAUGAGUUGUUUCAUGACAAGUUGAAACAGUUUUUCAUUUUGUCCAAUGCAGGCAAACCAAUCUAUUCCAUGAAUGGGUCAGACGAGAUAAUUAUCGGAUACAUGGGAGUAAUAACCACCAUAAUCUCCACAUUUGAAGAAAAUAUGAAUGAAGAGAUAUAUUCCAUUAGUGUGGGAGAUAUGAAAAUCGUUGCUUUGAAUAAGUCACCGUUAAUUCUCGUCUCCAUUUCUAAAAUAGCUCACGAACAACCAAAUGUUUUACUAUCACAGUUGAAUAUGUUGUAUAAUUACUUGUUGUCAAUCAUAUCCAAACCCACAAUUGAUAGAAACUUUCACAACAAGUUGAACUAUGACUUGCGGAGAAUCCUCACUCAGUUGGAUUUCCAUAAUUUAGAUUGUUUAUGCAUGAAAAUGACUUAUGGAUUGACUUCGUAUGAUUCAUUCAAUUACUAUAUCAGUCAAUUAUUAAAUGCAAGUUUACAGCAGAUCAAGAUAUCCUACACUGCAAGACAGAGGUUGAAUAAGAUAUUACUAGAUUCCAAACGAAUGAGACAAAAUAGCGAUGACAAAGAAACUGACUUAGGUGCUGAUCUACUCUUUUCAAUUCUUUCUGUCAAUUCCAAAAUAGUUAGUUUUAUGAAACCAAAGAACCAUAAUUUAACUAAUCAAGAUCUAACACUAUUGUUCUCGAUUAUAAAUUCAUCAAAGUCAGAUAUAAGUAACGAUGAAACUUCGGAAGACAUGUGGUUUCCUAUUUGCAUGCCCAAUUUCAACCCCAAUGGAUUCUUGUACGUCUUUGUCAAGACAAUAAUUUUGCAAACUACACCAGUGACCAUCACUCUUUUGAGUAGUAAUAAGAAUUCGUUCUAUCAAAUCCGACAAAUAUCAAAUUAUAUUAUACACAAAUUGACCAAGCCAAAGAUGUUGUCUAAGCUUACUAAGGAACUCCACGAGAGUAAUACCUUAGCUAUUCUUCGGGAGGUCCCUAUAUCUCAUUUCAUAUACAAGAACAAAGCCCUUAAUCAAUUUGUCAUGAGUGAUACUGACAAUUCCGUGAAUAGUGUGCUUCAAUUGAGUUACUUCUAUAACACACUUUAUCACACAAAAGCAAGUCAAAUGAAAACCAUUGGCAGCCUAAAUAUCAAAAAGUUUUCGUACACUAGAUGGACAGUGGAUGAAGCAGUAAUUACCGGAUUCAUGUUAUCGGAUAACAACUACGAAUUUUAUUGUUUAUGUAACUAUCAAAUCAACUCCAAAGAGUUAAUUGGGCAUUGUAUAAAAGUUAUAAAAUGGUGUGAAAAGAAUUACAAUAGACUAUUUAUAGGAAAUGGGGUUAGUUUUACUUGAGAAUAGAAGCUUCGGUGGUUUUAAACACAUUGGUCAACUUAUCCGUGUAUGAUUUAUGCAAUUUUUCAAACUCAUCCAAAGUUUUUGUUUCUUCAUCACCAAUCUUGCUUGAUUUUGCAUCCUUGAGGAACUUGGUUCUAAUGUCACUCCUCACGGCAGCUAACGAGUUGGUCUUUCCGACUUUGAACUUUUCAUAAAUUUCCUUCAAUUGCUUGGCAUUUUCCUUCUUCAACUCAGUAGUGAUACUAGGCACAGGAACUUUCAAAGUAAACUUAUUAGCAGGAUCUAAUUGUCCACUCAUGUUCAAAUCGGAAUCAAUUAAUGCAUUAAUGAUAUGUUUUCCAUAAGCAGGAUCAAACAAGGUAAUUAUAAAGUGUCUACCCUUGACAGAAGUCAGGGCAAGUGAGGUGAAUGGAACUAAAUCAUUAUGAAUGUUGACUUUUAAAUUGUCGAAUAUUCUUGGGUCAGUCUUACCAAGCUUUACUUGAGUGGCCUGUUUUGAGAAUUUUUCAAUAACAGAAUCGAAUUUCUUAGUGGCAUCACUAAGAUCGAUCUUGGGUGCUUCAACAUCUUCUUCUAAUGGUUCAUCCUUCUUUCCCUUUUUAGAUUUCCUCUUUUGUGAGAACACUAUAGGUGUGGUAUGGAAUUGGGCAAGUGGGGUGAUUGUUCUUGGUAUCAAGCGUGGUUGGGCAAACGCUCUAGGGAUGACUCUAACUAUUGAUCUAAACAUUGGGCUUAGUUUCGGAUUGGUGGAGUAAAGUUGUGAAAAAUUUUUGAAACUCGUUUUUUUUUUCGGUCAUGAUUUAUCGGUCACAUGAGUGGUAAGUUAAUAUAGAACUAUUUAUCUAGUUAAGGCACAUCUAGUUACCA